GAACCCACCAAAAAACACUGGGGGCCUUGGGUAGAACAAUGAGUCCCUUUUCAGGAGCUGAUGAAUGCAGUGAAAUUAAUACCUGCAGACAAUACAGAUGUUAGAGACUUUUGCCUAUGCACAGUCUAAUUUUCAAUUCUACCCCACUGCUCUGCCUUGACAAGUUAAAAAAAAGAAAGGGGGCGUCACCACCAGCUUUUCAUUUGGCCUCUUUUUGUCCUAAGUUUUGUUGAUACUUAACUGAAUUUAAAAUUUUCCCUUAUUUUUUAAUCUCUUCUCCCACAUGGGCUGAACUUUCUUCAUAUGUUUAAAAGUAACAAUUCUGAUUUAGUUGGAAAGGUAGGUGAAAAUGUCAGGCUGAGGAUCUUCUAACUUUAUGUUUGUGUGAAACACUCAGGUUGUGGAAUCUCUAUGGUUGUCAUCUCAAGGGCAUCCUGCAAUCCCUUGAUUUUUCUUUUUCUCUUGAAAAGCAACUGUCAUGUAACCUGCCCCUAUGAUCCAUCUAAAGCACCCCCCAAGUGAAUCUGUAAACAUCACUCUGUUUUGUUUCAUCAUAACACUGACCAACAUCUGGUAUUUUCUUGUUCAUUCAUUCAUUUGCUUCUUUUUGCCCAUCCUCCCUAGCACGUACACUGUGGUGAAGCUGGAGCCUUGUCCUUCCUGUGCAGUGCUGUGUCCCAGCACCUUGGAGAGGCUGGCCCGCACAGGCAUGCUAAGUGAACAAACCCCUAUUUAUAAGAUUUUCUGAUUUUUUUUCCUGUUAAGAUUGAAAAGUUGUGAGCAGCAUGUUUUGUCCACUGAAGCUCAUCCUGAUGCCAGUGUUGCUGGAUUAUUCCUUGGGCCUCAGUGACUUGACUGCUUUCUACCCUGAGCUAACAGUCCAUGUGGGUGAUUCAGCUCUAAUGGGAUGUGUUAUCCAGAGCACUGAAGGAAAAAGCGUGACCAAGGUAGACUGGAUACACUCACGGGGACAGCAUGUCAAGGAUGAAUAUGUGCUAUACUAUUAUGCCAACAUGAGUGUGCCUGCUGGACGCUUCCAGAACCGUUCACACUUGGUAGGCGAUGUCUCUCACAGUGAUGGUUCUCUCCUGCUCCAAGAUGUGCAAGAGGCUGAUCGGGGAAUCUAUACCUGUGAACUCUACCUUGGAAAGGAGGGCAAGGUGUUUAAAAAAGCAAUGGUGCUGCAUGUGCUACCAGAGGAUCCCAAAGAGCUCAUUGUCCGCGUGGGUGAGUCAGCUCUGAUGGAAUGUCAUUUCCAGAGCACAGAAGAGAAACGUGUGACCAAGGUAGACUGGAUGUUCUCUUCAGGACAGCAUGCCAGGGAGGAGGUUGUUUUACUCUAUAACCUCAACAGGCCUAUGAGGUAUCCCCAGUACCAGGGCCGCUUCCAGAACCGUGUAAACCUGGUGGGGGACAUUGCCCACAAUGAUGGCGCCAUCAUGCUCCAGAGAGUGAAGGAGUCUGACGAGGGAAACUACACCUGUAGAAUCUACUUGGGGAGCCUGAUGUUCAGGAAAACCCUUGCUCUGCAUGUGAUCCUGGAAAAACCUCAAACAACCUCUAGACCUGAGGUCCUGGGAGGAAAUCAUGUGGUGAUCAUUGUGGGGAUUGUCUGCAUCACUCUCCUGCUGCUCACUGGUUUGAUACUGAUUCUGAAGAAGACUCACAGGAAUGAGAGUUCAGGAUGUUCUACGACCUUGAUGAAAACUCUGGAGGACACAAAGAAGGCUAAUCCAGAGAAACAUGUUUACUCCUCAAUAACUACAUGGGAGAUGACAGAAGAACCAAGUGGAAAACCAGACAGCACCUACAUGAUCAUGCACCCAGUUCAAUCCUCUCUGACGUCAGAUCCAAAUAACCUACUUGGAAAAAAGACAAGUUGGGAAAUUCCCAAAACAGACCAAGCUUUUUGAGAAGAAAGAAGAGUUCUCUUCAUCUUAUGGUGGCAGGGAGUCUGUCUUGUGUGUGUCCUGAGCCACUGUACCAGUUACUUCAGAUGUCUGCCUCCUAGCUGUCCUUGGCUUCAGUCAGUGGAUGGAAGAUGGAGAGUUUGGAGCCUGGCAGAAAGACUGGACAGCUGUGGAGGACCAGGACAAAUGAGAAAAGGGGCCAUAUGGACUUGGCCCCUUGGAGUGGGGCCAUGGCCCCAGGCAAGCUGGCUGAGCUGCUGCAGUGGCCUCAAGCACUCUAGCAGACCAGACCCUUCAUGUGGACACUUGUUUGUGAAUAAACUGCUAAGAAGAACCAAGCCAAAUGAUUCUUUUGAUAAAUUAUCUCUAUAUAAAUGUAGUUUAUUUUUAA